AUGUCUUCACUUAAUUAAUAUCAUGGCUCAGCUCUGGCUGUGUUAACGCUGUGUGUCAACACUUUUAUCAAUCACAUUUCGGAAUUUUUGACUUUAGUGAACUUUUAUUACGCGCUCAGUACGAAACAAGUAGGGCAGAUGUCGUCGAGCACAAAAACUUUACUACGCAUCUCCGCUUUUGCAUUUUGGACAUUCAUAACAUUGAUGAUAUUUGCGACAUACCAAAUGUCCUUGGAAAGUGCUAAACAGACAGGCGCCAGGUGCAAUAUAACAGCGGCUCUAACGCAUCCCCAUUUGUUCAUGAACGGAAGUAAGCUGAAAAGUAAUAACAGUUACCACAUGCUCCUUAAACCUUCCAUUAAAUAUACAGCAAAUCAAGCGGAAGACAUUAUGAAACUACGUCAAGCAGAGUUGCCAAACGUGCCCUUCGAUUUGUGGCACCGGCUGGAAGCGAUGAGCCUAAAUAGCACUUGCGCCCACGCGCCAUCGUUACUAGAGCUGCGCUUUCACAACGAUUACUGGCAGGUGUUUCACAAUGCCAACUACACUUAUCAUCUCUUCAAUGCGUAUUACGAUGCCCGCGCGCAUGUUAUACAGUCCAGCGCAGUGGUGCGCGUGCUUGCCAUGUUGAAUGACAAGGAACCACCGAAAAAUAAGAUCCACUGUCAGUUGUGGUAUGACAGCGAGGAUAAGCCGAUGAUUGUGCCGGUGGUAGAGCAACGGCUUGUGUGGCAUAUUAAGUGGAUUACCGAUGCUAAUUAUUUUCCACAUUUACUCACAUGCGCAUUACCGUCGGCAAUGGGGGAAGCGGUCGCACCGCGCGCCGUCUCCUUGGUGAUGAAUAUUUGUGACAGGGCCUCGAAUAUAUUGCGCGUACUAUAUGAAAGACCGACCGGCAAUGAGACACAACACGGUUUCGCGGUUUGCCUGAAGGGUUUGGAUUAUCCUAAUGCUGAUAUGGGUCCACGUUUGGUUGAGUGGUUGGAAAUGCAGCGCCUGUUGGGCGCACGUAAGGUCAUCACCUACAAAUUGGUGCUGCAUCCGAAUUUGGAGCGUGUGCUGGAGCAUUAUGUGACGGAGGGUUUCGUUGAAGUGCAUCCACUCAGUUUGGGUUCGGAGAUGGUGAGCAAACCGCUAUAUCUUCAUGAUUAUCUGCGCGCGAGCAUUGGGAACAAGCGCGUGAACGAGUUGGUGCCCUACAAUGAUUGUUUCUAUCGGAAUAUGUACAAGUAUUCAUAUAUUGUGACUGUCGAUAUCGAUGAGGUGAUCAUGCCGCUCGGCAAUCGCACCAACUGGCAACAGUUAAUCGAUGAAAUUGAGCAUUUGCGUACCGCUAAUUGUCCUGAAGGCUAUGCGAGUGUUUGUGUGCGCAAUGUGCAUUUUCCUACCGAUAGUGUGUACUUUACUGAAACAUCGGCAGCGCCGCAACAUAUGUUCAUGUUACAGCAUGUGUAUCGCCAGGAACCUGAAGCAGUUGGUGAAGGCGCUAAAUGCCUUCACAAUAGCAGCGAGGCGCUGGUUUUACACAAUCACUACAAUUUAGGCGCUUUGAAGAGUUGUCGUUGGCGGGACUUGGAGCCCACGAUGGCGCAACUGCAGCACUAUCGUCUGCUUGAGAAUUCGGAGAAAUGGGAAACGAGGAUACUCGAUGAAAGCAUCUAUCGUUACAAGGAAGCUUUGGUUAAUAGGGUGGAGCCGGUGUUGAAAAAGUUGUCCUAUUUGUGACGCUAUUUCUUUAAGUGUCUUCAUAGAUUGGCAAGGACUUAUAAUGGAAUUUUCAAAAAUAAUCAGCAGAAUGAUUCAAUUAAGAGCGGAGAGACUGUUAUUGUCGUUUUUAUACCGGCCUUUAAGCAAAUGCAAUGAUACUUAUGCAUUGCUGUAAACGAAACGAGGUUAUAUUGGUCCCUUAUAUACAGCGUUAGGUUGAAAUUAGUUCGAAUGAAAUGAGGAAGUCCUCUCUGCCUUCAUUUCAUUUGUUCCAACUUUCCGAAAACUCAAUUUUCUUUUGAAAUUCACUUCACAGACUACUUCACUGAACCUUCCGAGCAUAUGGUCUUUUCCGCGGUGAAAUAUGCCGGA